CCAGACAAGCUACUAGUCUACUACCACACCCAGAAGGAAAGUAUUUCCCUCGUGUUGACUGACAUAGGAAAUUUUUCUCUGUCGUCCAUAGAUAGAAGGAAAAAUUUUCCAUCGUGUAUGAGAAAAUGGAAACUGGCUACGUGCCAAACAUUGUAAGUCCAUCCUUUCCCCCUUGGUUAAUAGGCCCCGCCGUAGCUGUCGUUCAUACAUAUGGGCUUUGCUUGUGUCAAUUACAUAGCCGAAAGAGAUGAACGACAAGCUAUGCAUUUUCUGGUUUGACGAUUUGGCUUAUCAAUCAAACGACCAGUCGUGUAAAACCUGCUAGUAAUUAUUGUCGGGAAAAGACGCGGCAAUUUCUCUCAUUGUUUACGUUACCCCUCUGAUUUACCGGCGGUCGACACUCACCUGCAUGGCCUCGUUUCCAGAAAUAGCUGAUCUCUUCUCCAAACUCGCUCUUCACCUCGGAAACCCAACUCACAGUUCACCAAUCGGUAAUCGAGAAGAAGAGUAUUCUUAUUCUAUUGAUAUUUCCAUUUCAAAGCUAAAUCAAUCUCUCAAUCUCGCCGAUAAUGCUGGGGUUCGGGUUUUGGAUACCGCUCUUUCACUCAUGUGUUUCAAAGCGCCACAGGUUUUUGAUUCAGAGAUUCAGUAUCUGGUCAAUACAAUUGUUGGUGUUUUGUCUUCUUCAAUAAGCUGUACACUGUUGCGGUUCGAGAAAGGAGAGGUUUUGCGGAUUGGCAGUUCCAUUUCGCAGAGAGAUUGCGUGAAAUUUAUUGAAGUUGUUAAUGAUGUUAUAUCGAAAUUGGACGAACAGGGCAUACCUUCCUGUUUGCUAUUACGUGCUGCUGCCAGAGUCAUGGUUUCAGCAUCCAACUAUAGAUGCUUGGUUCCAUCAGUGCAUAUUUUGGAUAUUAACUCAAUCGAUAGAAGAAGCAUUGCUGUCUCAAAUUUCCUCUGCCACCUGCACAAAGAAUUCUCUUUUAACAACCAUGAGAUACCACUGAGGUUGCUAUCCUGGUAUCUUGACCCACUAACCUUAAAGCAUGACAUUUCAAAUAUCUUGCAAGAAGCCCUGAAAAGACCUUUCCUCUCUUUGAGCAAGGGAUUUUAUGAUAGGAUGGAUUGGCGCUCCAUCAUUAUGUGCUUGGUGCUUUCUCCAAUUAUGUUCAUUCAUACAAGAGCUCUAUUACACAAUUGGUUUAUGUUGACGGGUCUAGGUUCAGUACUGGAGCUUCUGAUUGAAUUAGUUUCAGUGAUACUAGACGUGAUUUCUAGACCAACAUGGUGGGGUAUUUCAAUGGAGUUGGGAUCAAGGCUGCCAUUUUCUAAUGCAUAUUUCCCCUACAACAACCACUGGUUGAGGACCUUGGCUGGACCUCUCUCAUCUUCAGGUUUUCUACAAUUAGUUCAAGGGACAAGUAAAUCAGUUUCUCUUGGCGGAGAACAAUUUGGUCUGAAUUCUAAGCCAUCAGCAGUGAAGAUCGCAUCAAUUGAUUCCAAAUCUAUCUGGGCUCUGGUGAUCUGCUUUCCAGAUUGGUUCCAUUUUGCUUCAGUUUUACUCUUCUCCAACAAUUCUUUUCAAAAGAGUUUUCAAUUGAAGUGCAUGUUAGGAGUAACCGAAUUUGGACAAACAAGUGGCAUGGAACUGCCUGCCGCUGCUGCAAGAGGUACAGCUGAUUACAGGAAGAAACUCAAGAAACCCACAUGUUAUGAUGUUGAGGAGGAUCUUAGUCUCGGGAACAAGUGUGAUUGUCAAGUUAUUGAACUCUGGCUUAGAGAAUUCCAAAGCAUCAUGAAGUAUGGUGAUGAAUCAAUCCACAAUUCAUCUUCCUGUGAAGAAAAAUCACAUACUUCUAUUUUGAGGAAAGAUAUGCUUUUCAGGAAAAUACCAUUAGGUAUUUUGAUAGGCUACUCUACUUACGUGAAAGAAGAUGGUUUUGAACUGUUAUUGCAUUAUGCUGCAACUGGUAGGAUUCUUCAUUCAAUAACUAAGAAUGCUAGAAGAAAGCAUGUAGACCAAAAUUCUGGAGUGGAAGACUUUGUUAUAGGAUGUAAUGAAUUUAAUAGAAAGGAAGCUAUUUCAGGUGCCUGUCUUGUCUUCAGUUUAACGAAUACAGUUGAGAGGAUGUCUGCUUUGUUAUUUGACAAUGAAAAAAGUGGACUGGAUAUUUUUUGCCAGGUCAAAUUGAGGGCAAGCAGGUACUUGAUAAAGUGUAUCAAUAGGCUAAUCCAGCCUGAUAUGGUUGAAGAUGAAAAUGUGAUGCUGGUGGAUCUGCAUGAUAGAUUGGAGCAAUGGCGGCAUCAAGGGCAAGAAAUGUUGAAACUUGACAAAGAUGUAGAUGAUGCCAUUAAGGGCUUGAGUAAUAACUUGUUAUCACUAUGAUCGAAAUUUUGUGAAAAGAUUAGCAGCUAUGGAUUUUGAAGUCUUCAACUGCACUGAAUCUCAACAGAAAGUUUCUUUGGGCUACCUGGACAUGGAUCUCCUCCAAAAUUUUGAGGAUCCACAACAACUUCACAUGACUGCUUUCCAAUACAUGCCUGCAACAAGCUCUUCAGGUUAGUCACGAUUACAAUCAAAAUAUAACAUUAGCCAGCUAAGAUAUUUGACAAAUUAUCCUUCUUUUAUUGGUACUUGCCUUUUGGAAA